GGCGUUCUAAAGGGCUCGCUCUGUCGCAUCGCGAAAGUUCAGACGAGCUGGACUCAGCGGGGCGAACUUAGCAGUCGUCAUAGCUGCGGGCAAGGCUUAAAUUCGCGCCGUAAAUCUUGUACCUGUCCGUAUUUGUUGGCCAAACAAUGCUGCGAACGGUCCUAACCCGCUUCAGUGCGACCAGGGCGCUGUCCCAAGCCCUUUACUCCACAGCAGCGGCGCCCAAGCCGAACCCCUCUCCGGACAUACGAUGCAACCAGCUCUUCAUCAACAAUGAGUGGGUUGACUCUGUGAGCAAGAAAACCUUCCCAACGCUGAACCCCUCCACUGGUGAGGUCAUCUGUGAGGUGGCGGAGGGCGACAAGGCUGAUGUGGACAUUGCCGUGCAGGCUGCCAAACAGGCGUUUCGCCUGGGCUCCCCCUGGAGAACCAUGGAUGGUUCUUACCGCGGUGUGCUGCUCAACAGGCUGGCAGAUCUCAUGGAGCGGGACAGGGAGUACCUGGCUAACCUGGAGACCCUGGACAAUGGGAAGCCUUUCUCAGUGUCCUUUUCCACAGACUUGGAACUCAGCAUCAAGUGCUACAGGUACUAUGCCGGCUGGGCAGGGAAGAACCAUGGCAAGACCAUACCAAUUGAUGGUGACUUCUUCUGCUACACACGCCACGAGCCUGUCGGUGUCUGUGGACAGAUCAUCCCUUGGAACUUCCCCCUCCUGAUGCAGGCAUGGAAACUGGGCCCCGCCCUCUCUACGGGUAACGUUGUUGUGAUGAAACCUGCAGAACAGACCCCGCUCACAGCGCUGUAUGUGGCACAGCUCGCUAAGGAGGCCGGCUUUCCCCCAGGAGUGAUCAACCUGAUCCCGGGGUACGGUCCGACGGCAGGGGCGGCCAUCGCAGAACACCCGGAGAUUGAAAAGGUCGCCUUCACAGGGUCUACUGAGGUUGGGAAGAUCAUCCAGCGCUCUGCUGCCUCUAACCUGAAGAGGGUGACCCUGGAGCUGGGAGGAAAGAGUCCAAAUGUGGUGUUUGCUGACACUGACUUGGACUACGCAGUGGAGAAGUCUCACUUUGCCCUGUUCUUCAACAUGGGACAGUGCUGCUGUGCAGGCAGCAGGAUCUACGUGGAAGACAAGGCCUACGAUGAGUUUGUCAGGAAGAGCACGGAGAGGGCCAAGAGGAGGACCGUGGGGAACCCCUUCGACCCCAAGAAUGAGCAAGGGCCGCAGAUUGAUGAGGAGCAGAUGAACAAGAUCCUGGAGUUGAUCGAGAGCGGUAAGAAGGAAGGUGCGACGCUGAACUGUGGAGGGGACAGGGCAGGAGACAAGGGGUUCUUCGUCCAGCCCACCGUCUUCUCCGACGUACAGGACGGCAUGAGGAUCAACAACGAGGAGAUUUUUGGACCUGUGCAGCAGAUUGCCCGCUUUAAGGACAUAGAGGAGGUUGUGGAGCGUGCCAACACCAACACCUACGGCCUGGCUGCCAGUGUGUUCACCUCCAACAUUGACAAGGCCCUCUACAUGGCUAACUCUCUCCGCGGUGGAACUAUCUGGGUGAACACCUAUGAUGUGUUUGAUGCUGCGGCUCCCUUUGGGGGUUUUAAGCAGUCUGGUUCUGGGCGUGAGCUGGGAGAGUAUGGACUGGAGGCCUACACCGAAGUCAAAACUGUCACCAUCAAAAUCCCACAGAAGAAUGCCUGAGAUGAUGCAGAACUCAACUCUACACUACUGAACCUCCUGCCUUUCUAAUUGUACAACCCAAAACUAACACCGGAGCCAUACAAGAGAAUUAUUUGAGAUUUAAAGGGACAUUAAUAUUAUAAUUCUAACCAGGGACGGGUUGAAUGAGGAAGGCUUGUUUGUGUUUGCACUAUAGUUUGAAUUAUUAAGAAAUAUUCCAUCAUGAAAAGAGAAAGGUGUUUGGGUAAAAGGCUGCGCCAAAAAUCAUGCUUUCCCCUGCAUUCCAGUAAUCUGCUUUGUAAUUCCAUCUGAUCAUGAUAUCUGCUCAGAACAGGUACCUCUAGAGAGCGUUUGAACAAUUUUUUUUUUUCUUUUUGCAGGAGUAGAGUGAAAAAAUGUUUGUAAUGACAUGUCCUUCGUACGAAUAGAUCUGAUAUCAAUUAGAUAAGAACUUGUCGGGAGUAAAUGUGCCUUUUGUGAAAACAAGAAAACUGUGUUUUCAAACGUACUCAGAUGAUACAUACAUGAAUAUUCACAUAC